AUGGAUAAAAGAGAAUGUUUCCUCCAAAAAUCCCCAUUCAUUUCCAUCACUCCUGCAUCUUGCAUUCAUCAAUCUCGAAAUUUAACCAUGUCCACUUGUGCCUCCUUCUACGGUAUCACACUCAGUUCUUCAUCUUCAACCUUCAAGAAUCUUCUAUCUUCUCAUUACCCAAAUAAAAUUCAAGUUAAUUCAUCACCAUUUUCAUUUCUUCCUUCACAUCUAUCCAAAACCUCCGUGUUCAAUACAAAAAGACACAUUGUUGCAACUGCUUCAACUCCCACAGCUCUUGAAUCACCUCCUAAAUCUUCAUUUCGAGACAAACCUCCCAAAGACAUCAAUGUGUUAGUCGUGGGUUCAACUGGAUAUAUCGGAAAUUUUGUGGUUAAAGAACUGGUUAAUAGAGGGUUCAAUGUGAUUGCAGUUUGCAGAGAAAAAAGUGGAAUUAAAGGUAAGAAUAGCAAAGAGGAGACCUUGAACAAGUUAAAUGGAGCUAAUGUUUGUUUUUCAGAUGUUACCCAAUUGGAUAGUUUACAGCAAAGUCUACAAAAUUUGGGGGUUUCGAUUGAUGUUGUCGUAUCUUGUCUCGCUAGUCGAUCUGGAGGUGUUAAAGAUUCAUGGAAAAUUGAUUACGAAGCCACCAAGAACAGUCUUUUAGCCGGUAGGACUUUUGGGGCUAAACAUUUUGUUCUGUUAUCUGCAAUCUGUGUACAAAAACCCCUUCUCGAAUUCCAACGAGCAAAGUUGAAAUUCGAAUUGGAAUUGAUCAAAGAAGCUGAAAACGAUGAUGAUUUUAGUUACAGCAUUGUUCGGCCAACAGCUUUCUUCAAGAGUUAG